AUGGCUCGCGCGUGCCGGCGUUUUGCGGUGCGGCUUUGUCACCACCGGGUCUUCCUCAUUUUCCGUGGCAGUCUGCCCUACAGCCAGUCGACGGACCCUCUGAUAUGUAUACUGUCCUACCGAACGAACCCAUGCGCCUCGCACAUCCGCAUUCGGACGCAGCCUUCGUUUCAUGAACGUCUCCACAUGUUUCUUCGCGGCACCACGAGACGCAAUGUUGACGAUUCCAUUUCUCCACCUUGUCUGUGUUGGCCACACAAAGUUUUUCUCCGAAGUGGAAUCUUUGGCCUUUCUCCUCUCGAGAUCUCUUCUCCGCCAACCGUUCUUUUCGGCUUGACUGCGAGCUUUCGACGCAAGUUGUUCUGUCUCCAACGCCGCACCGUCAGACACCAUGGAAGUCUGGGUUCGCUCUGUGUUGUCCUGCUGCAUCUUCAUGGCUGCGAUGCUCGCGGCUGCGGCGGGGACGGGAGGCGGCGCGCUGUACAUCCCCGGGUACGUAGUGGCUCUGAACGAUGUACACAAAGCUGUUCCCCUGUCGAAAGUCACGAUUUUCGGAGCUUGUUUGGUGUCGGUCCUCUUCAAUUUGGGCCGAAAACAACCCUCUGGAAACUUACUGCUCAUCUCGUACGAACUGGCAGCGAUUCUUGA